AUGGCCCGAGAGCGUACCUCUGGAGAGCCCGUCAACGGGAUCACAAGUAUCUGCGGCACCUCCAGUCGAUCACCCCAGAGAGCUCAGACUACCGACUGCUACUGCAAGACGAAGAUCGGCGUCCGCAAUCAACUAGGCUCGCCUAGACUCUUUGACGUCCAGUUGUGGACUUGGAAGACAACCCAGUUAUUCUUUGAAGCCCUCAAUUCUCGAGGGGACGAUGAGAAGGAUCAGAACAAACUCUAUCUCGAGCGCAUGAAGAACAAUGUCACUUUGCUUAUCAUUGAAACUCUCGGGUUAUCAAUCAAUUCUAGUGGUAGUAUCGCUGAGCAGCUGGAUGAUAUCCUGCAGGGCGCCAUUGAGUUGGACAAAAAGUUCUGUCAACAGGGUGCAAGAUGGGAGUGGAAGUAUUCAUACAAGAGUCAUCACGAGGGAGCGUUGGUUUUUGACGGUGACUUUAUGAACUUGGAUCGAGCAGAACGGCUUUCUUCUGAUGAAAAGGCCCAGGCUCAGCGGCUGGUUAGGUUCGUCAUUUCACCGGCCCUGAUAAAGCGAGGUGGUAAAGAUGGCAUGAAUGAUGAACUGGAGACUACUGUGAUGAAGAUGGUGGUAUCAUGCAAGAACUAG